GGUGAAGUGUUUUUGUGUCAGUGUAGACAUGCUCAUGCUUGUAUAAAAAGCAACAUAUUUUCCUCAAUAAACACAUUAGCAAAUGGUUUUGUUCUGUCAGUCUGUGUUUUUUUUCUUCUUCCUCCUUCUAUGUUUUCUUUCUGAGUCAUCUUUCUCAGAAGUGUGUUUAAAAUAUCUCUGUGUGUGCAGCUACAAAACUCAGCUGGAGUUAAACAGUCAGACUCUCAGACCGAAGAGGAACAGCCGUGAUUGAAGUUUCAUCUCAUGACAAUGGAAGUCUCGGAGGACUUUGACUACUAUGACCACGAAAACAUCAGUUUCAACUUCAGCUAUGAAGACUACCCCGCCCUCUGUAGGAAGGGUGACAUCCGUUCCUUUGCCGGCAUCUUUCUCCCCAUCAUGUACACUGUGUGUCUGGUGGUUGGCGUGGCAGGAAACGCUUUAGUCGUUGGCGUCUACGCCUACCACAAACACCUCAAGACUAUGACAGACACCUUCCUGACCCACUUGGCUGUGGCUGACCUGCUACUGCUCUUCACACUGCCAUUCUGGGCUGUUGAUGCGGCAAGGGGCUGGGAUCUGGGCGAGGUCGUUUGUAAGAUUGUGUCUGCCUGCUACACAGUCAACUUCACCUGCUGCAUGCUGCUGCUGGCUUGCAUUAGCCUGGAUCGCUACUUCGCAUUAGCUAGAGCGCAAGGGAAUGACCAAAGAGGGCGGCUGGAGAGGAUGUUCAGCAGGAGACACUGCUGGAAGGUGUGUUUGGUUGUUUGGAUGACAGCUGUCUUCCUCGGUCUUCCUGAUUUGAUCCUCUCAGAAGUAAGAUGGUCGUCCGGUAGGAGCAUCUGCCUGGCUGUCUACCCUCCGUCAAUGGCAGGAGGCGGGAAAGCUGCUGUGGAGAUGGUAGAGGUGAUGCUGGGAUUCCUGCUUCCACUCACCAUCAUGAUGAUCUGUUACUGCAGAGUGGGCUGGGCGCUUAAAGACCUCCCCGUUGAGAGCAGAGGAAAGAAGUGGAAAGCUCUGCGUGUUCUCCUGAUAGUCGUCGGGAUGUUUGUGGUCACCCAGCUUCCGUAUAACGUGUUGAAGGCGUAUCGAGCGAUGGACUCGGUCUACAUCUUAGUGACCCACUGUGGGACGAGUAAAGUGUUGGAUCAGGCGGCGCAGGUGACAGAGAGCUUGGCCCUCACUCACUGCUGCCUCAACCCCAUCCUCUACGCCUUCAUGGGAUCGUCCUUCAGGCAGCACAUGAUGAAAGUGGCCAAGAAAAUUGGAGAGAGGAGGAGGAAGAGGAGGAAGGAAAAUCCUAAAGUGGAGGAAGGAGUGGAGAUGUCAUUUAACUCCCAUAGCGCAUCCCAAGAGACAAACACCUUCUCAAUAUGAGAUAGGUAUAGGAUGUGUCCUUGAAUCACUUUUUAUAGCAGCAUGAGUAGAAAUCAUUUAGCUGUAGUUAUUUUUCACAAGUGUUAACGAUCCCACCACAUCUAAAACAGAACAAUUUGACUGUUUUCUCCUCCCAGUUUAUUAAAAAAGACACUGAGCGAAGUUCGGUGUCAAUCAAUCAGUCCAUCAGGCAACUUUAUCAAUCCCUCUAGGGGCAUCUUUGGAACAGAUGGAGCAUAGAUGGCACAAAUAAAACACAGCAGUGGACAAAAGAAUUGACUCAUAAGAGGUAAAAUAUGAAAUAAAAUCUAAAAUAAAUACUGAAAUUGAGCAGACAGAUUGGGGCUGAUAAAGAUAAAAGGACCAGUCUUGAAAAGGAUAAGAAGCACAUAAAAAAUCUAUUAAAAAAUCUGAUUGUGGAGGGGAAUAAUUUGAACAAUUAAAAAGUUUAACAAGCAGGUCAAACAUAACAAUGUCCUGUUUGCAACAGAGAAAACUAAUUUAAAAGGGACACGGAUUAUUGGACUGACUCUCUCCCCUCACCCCACAAUAACCUCACUUUCACAUUAAAUCUGAGUUGAAUUUGUCAUAGACUGACCGCAGGCUGUUGAUGAUAUCCUGAUCCAGAAGAAACAUGGCAUUUAUCUUCUGCAAGCAAAAAAUUAAAUAAAUUAAAUGUUUUUCUUAAAAGUUUAAUUUCAAGAAGCCACAGUAUCAUUGCAGGAUUGUUAACUAGCUCAAAUCCCCCCCCCCCCCCCCCC